CGACAAUCGACGCCGGUCUUCUCCCACCCCGAGUAAACACCACAACCAGGAGGACUGGCAGUCCCAUCGAGUCCAUUCCCCCACAUUCCUGACCUUCCACAAGAUGCUGCCACUCACCAAGAAUGCCGGCUCGCCCAGGAAGGCGGUGCCUCUGCGGGGAUUGUUCGCCCAGGGGGUCUGGCGCUGCAACUGCGCCGAACGGCCGCCAGCCGUGCGCCGCCAGACCAAAAACCACGGCGUCCACCAUGGGCGAUGGUUCUACACCUGCCAGAAAUCGGGGAUGCAACAGUGCCGCUUCUUCCUCUGGGCCAGCGACGCCGAAGCCCGCGAGAAACAGGCUGUGCUCUCCAACUCUCACACCGAGCCCACCUACAACAAUACCUUCAACAAUACCUUCAACACCAGCUUUGCCAGCAACUCCUCCUCCCUCGCCCCCGAGACCCCCACCAAGAAACCCCGCCUCUCCUCCUCCUCCUCCUCCUCCACCGGCGGCCUGCUUACCCCGCAAACCGACCGCACCGUCCGCUUCGCCUCCAACGACAACUCCUUCUCCACCACCGCCAUGCCCUCCGGCUGCGGCAGCUUCGGAUCGCCCCCUCACAGCGCCAAAGCCCGCAUGAUGGCCGAAGACAUGGACGAAUUCGAAUGGGACGAUGAAGACGAUGUCGCCGUGGGGCAACUCCUGCCCCCGACGCAGACGCAGACGCAGUCACACUCACACUCACAGACGAAGUCGCAGACCCAGCCACAGCCACAGCCCCAGCCCCAACCCCCACUCCGCCAGCCAGACUUCGGACUCCCCAAGACUCCCCACCGCACAGAACGCAUCCCCAGUCUAUCAAGCUCGUCGUCUUCAGCCUCGUUUUCAUCGUUCCCCCCACCAGGAAAGAGAAAGUUCUCGGAUCUCGAAGAUGACGGCGAUAGUCAGCGGACGGUAGGGGUUACGCCCCCGGCGACGAUGUCGGCGAAGCGGGCCUAUACGGACCAUCGCAUUGCGCCGUUCAGCUCGUCUGUGCCGCCGUCGUCGAUCGAGUUCUCGACUACGCCUACGCCGGCGCGGUUCCGGGGUGUAACACCGGGGGGCGGCGCAUCGGGAUCGGGAUCGGGAUCGCUGGAGUCGUCCGAGGUGGCGGCGCAGGCGAUCACAGCGCUGGAGAAGAAUCAGGUCGUCCUGACGAAGCAGGCGAGGGAUGAGCUGGUGGAUCUGCUGAAUAAGUAUGAGUUGAAGAUGAAGGGGAUUGUCCGGGGUAGGGAUAUUUCGAGGAUUGCGUUGAAGAAGAAGGAUGAGCAGAUUGAGCGGUUGAAUGAGAGGGUGAAGAUGUUGGAGGAACGGGGACUAUAGAGAGGAUAUCUUUCGGAGGGAGGGCUAAGGCUGAGGAUGAGGCAAUUGAUCUACAUAGUAUGGAUCUUUGCGCGCAUCUACGAGGUUGCACUGUAUAUCGACUCGCGCUGGGUUCGCGUCUGCUGGACGGAUGAUGUAGUUAGCUGUGGCAG